AUGAACAAUCCCUUUAUCAACAAGACCAACUUACUUGCCUCGAUACCUCUAUCUAACGACACUGCACUCGCUUCUUUACGACUCCUCACUUCAUUACUCGACACACUUCCAGGAUCCUGGCCGACAUUCGAUCUUUCAUGUUGUUUCUCGAGACUGUGGAAUCUUCUACCCGAAGAUGUGAAAUCGGGUAGAGACACACAAUACAACGCCCUUUUGGAUACGUCAUCACAACAAAUUAAGAACACAUAUUCGGAUAUUUGUUCUCUUCUUCCCGAAUCAGAUGCGCCUGCGGUCUACGGUGCUUCAUCCUCGAAGCCUAUCAGCCACAAGAAGUUGCACAAGUUCGUGAAAGACUUCAGUCUGCCCACCAAGCAACCCCAUGGAACCAGAUCAGUGGUUGCCUUGGCUCUACCAAAUGGUCCCGUACUAGGAUUGGCUCUUCUGGCUACUGCAAACUACUACACAGCAGCGCCUGUAACAGUAGCUUCUGGACCGGAACAAUUUGAAAGCGAUGUAACGCAAGCAGGAGCCAGUGUGGUCCUCGUUACCCGACCGGAUGUUCAGAGAUUAGGACUGGAUGGCGCUUGGGUCCGCGAGGCUGGAAUCGAGGUAAUCUUGGUUGAAGCCAACGACGACGCAACUUUCGAUAUGACUUACACCAACGGCACCCCGGUCAUCAGCUCAAAAUCGAAGCCUAACGGAUCUGAUGAUAUCGCACUCGUACUUUUCACAUCAGGAACUUCUGGCAAGAAGAAGGUUGUCCCUUACACUGUUCACACUCUCAUGUCUGGUGUGGGCUUCGUCAUCGAAUCCUGGGGACUGACCAAGGAUGAUAUCUGCAUUAACAUGAUGCCUCUCUUCCACGUUGGUGGUAUCGUCAGAAACUUGUUCGCUCCCAUUAUGGCCGGUGGCUCAACGAUUUGCUGCCCGGCUUUCGAUGCCAACUUGUUCUGGGAUGUUGUUGAGGAUCUGCAACCAACCUGGUAUUACGCAUCUCCUUCAAUGCACUCGGUCAUCUUGGAAGAAGGCCGCAACCGCCCAACAGCACUGGAUAACUGCAACAUGAGACUGAUCUGCAACGCUGCUGGUGGUCUCUUGCCUUCGCUCGCAUGUACGCUACGAGACACAUUCAACUGUAUCGUUCUUCCAAGUUACGGUAUGACAGAGUGUAUGCCUAUUUCAAGUCCUCCCCUCAACUACCAGCUCGACCGAUCUGGCACAUCUGGUGUCAGUGUUGGUCCAGAUAUGGCAAUUUUGGAUGGCAACGACAGCAGACUCCCGAUUCACACAGUCGGCCGCAUUGCUGUGAGAGGCGCACCUGUCUUUGGUGGUUACCUCAAAGACAACGAUGUGCUGGAUACCUCAUGCUUCACAGCCGACGGCUGGUUCGAUACUGGUGAUAUGGGUUAUCUGGAUGCAGAUGGCUACCUGUACGUGACCGGCAGAAGCAAGGAGGUCAUCAACCGAGGUGGUGAACUGAUCUCUCCUUUCGAGAUUGAGGAAGCUGUCGUCACUGCUGCCAAGCGUGAGGGAAACCCUCUGUUUGGUCGCGUCUCCGCUGCUUUGGCAUUCUCGAUGCCUCACGACGUUUUGCAGGAAGUUCCUGGCGUGGUCCUCGUCACCCCUCUCGGUGCUCGCCGUGCCGACAUCAAGACUGUUCAAGAGGCCCUGAAGGACUCCUUGAGCCAAGUCAAGUGGCCCGCCUAUGUUGUGUACAUGGACGAUCUUCCCAAGAACAACAACAAGGUGCUUCGUAUCAAGCUCGCCGAACGCCUGGGUCUGGGUGAGAUCACCGAUGAGACGCCUCUUGCAGACCGUCAUUACGAAGCAGUGUGCCCUCCAGUAAAUACCCCUCUUAGCACUCGUAUCGGCGGUUCAAUCUGUUCCUUCGAUGCAGCAUACGUAUCUCGAAAGCUUUCGACGGUCUUCGGCACAGAAUUUGACAUCGCCGUCAGAAAGGCCUCUCACGAUGGAUAUCCAGAAGCUUUCCUCGCUCCUCGCAAGAAUUCGACCGUCACACCAGUCAUGUCAAGCUACCCCAGUUUUGACUCUCUUCUGCGCGCUGAGCUCGAUGGCUACCUCAUUCCCAGCAAGGUGCACUGUCUCGACGUUCCUCUGCCCAGAGACAGAGAGGGAUCGGUUGACAACGCUCAGCUGGAGACUUUGAUUGAAUCCGAUUCUGACGAACUUGCUGGAGACAUGACCGCGACUGAGGCCAAGAUUGCCGAAGUCUUUGUUCGCAUCCUUUCGUGUGCUGCCUCUGAGCUCACACCUGAGUCAGACUUCUUCGCUCUGGGAGGCGACAGUCUUCGUGCUGGCCGCCUGUUGUCGGAACUUCGUAAAGAGUUCAAGGUCCGCCUGCCCAUCGAUCUGCUCUUCGUUCACAGCGGAAUUGCCGCUCUAGCUAAGAACAUUGAUGACAUGCGUGGUCCCACCGACGAGAAGCAUGCUACUGCUGAAGUCGAGCAGACCUUUGUCAACGUCGGUUGUGAGAAAACAUACAGCUCGACCAACCCCAUUGUCCUGUUCGUCCAGCUUAUUCCCCUCGGCUUAGUCUACCCUAUGAAGCGCGCCUUGACUUGGACAUGCUUCAUGUACAUGCUCAGCGCUACUCGUGACUGGGUUACAGCGACCAGACUCAUCGGACGUCUCUUCAACCUGAUCCUGUCUCUUGGCAUCGCCAAAGCCAUUACUCUCAUCGUCUGCCCAGUCAUCGCUAUCUUACUCAAAUGGAUUAUUAUGGGUACAUACAAGGAGGGUGUUUACCCCAUGUGGGGGCCCUACCACAUGCGCUGGUGGUUCACCGACAAAGUUAUUACUAUCUUGGGAAAAGGUGUCUUCGAUCAAUCCGAGUUCGGCACUAUUCUAUACUAUCGAUUGAUGGGUGCAAAAAUUGGCAAGGGCGUCAAGCUCGCUAAGCGUGCCAUCAUCCGCGAGUUCGAUCUCGUUGUCCUUGAAGAUGGAGCAAACUUGGACGCAUGCAUCUGCAGAGGCUUCGGUGCCGAGCAGAACACCAGCAUGUACCUUGGUCAUGUCCGCGUGGGCAAGGCAGCAUCUGUCGGUCUUGCCUCCAUCGUCGCUCCUGGAACAUCAGUGCCCGACAACGCCUGCAUCGGACCCAACUCUUCGAGCUGGGAGGCCGACGACGCUAGCGAAGAAUUCCGCGACUUGUCUGCCAGCAAGAUUCCUGGCGCCCACUUCCUUCUGUCGUUGUUGAUCACUCCCAUCUCUUUGGUUGUCACUCUUUGCAAGAGUGGUCCUUGGAUUGGCGGUCUAGUCGGUCUCGUUUUGACUCAGCCUGAGCCCAGCGCCGACAGAGUCAAGUCGAUCAUCUUGUGGUUUGCCGUUCCUCAUCGUAUCGGUUGGCAUUUCGCCGCAAAGAUCUUCGGUGCUGGCGCAGCUCCUCUCACGUGGUUCGUUGCUGUUUGGACCAUCAAGAAGAUUUUGGAUUUGACCAUCGGCAAACUUACCCCAGGACCCGCCCAGUCUAGAUCCCAAGCCCAACGUUUCCGUAUGGCCGUGCUCAAGACCAUCGCAUCUCCUGCUGCCUUCCACAAAGUUACUGAGCUGUUUGGUGGCCAUUACGAGGCCACGUCAGUCCUGUAUCGUGCCAUGGGUGCAAAGGUCGGACAACGUGUCUAUUGGCCUGGCACUGGACCCUCGUUCCAGGACUUCGAUCUCCUCGACAUUGGAAGCGACAUCGUCUUUGGUUCUCGAUCCCAUCUUGUAACUUCCGAUGGUACUGGUAGCGACUAUGUUCGCGUUCAGGAUGGCGCCAUGAUUUCUGAUCGUGUGGUACUCCUGCCUGGUGUCACCGUCGGCAAGAAGAGUGUCCUUGGAAGUGGUGCCUUGACUCGCAGGAACAAGUACUACGAGCAGGAAACUGUUUGGGUUGGAAGCAAGGCCGGCGAGGCUGUAUGCCUCAGUGGUAACAAGCGUCCUACCACAGCGGACACUGCCAAUGUACAGCACGGCAUGCCUAGUUUGAACAGCACCACCAACUCCAGCACUGCAACCCUGAGCGAAAAGGAGAAGAACGACAAUGAGAAAGCAAUCCAAGAAGGUGUGCUGAGCAGCAGUUCCUCGAUGACAAUGGUCGAAAAGGAAGAGGCAGCAGCCAAGUCUUCAUCUCCGUUCGGUCGCGCCUUCUACGAAGGCCAGGCCCCUUACCACGUUUUCGGCCCUUGGACCAUCUUCCUCUACUCAACCUUCACCACCAUCUUCACCGCCUUCUACUGGAACAUUUCAUCCAUUGGUGCCCUGCAACUUGUCGCUAAGCUCAUCAAGACCUCGGACCCUGUCCACGAGCCCGACACUCCCUUCCGUCCCGUCCUCAUCUUUGCUCUCUUCGCCGCUUUCAUUGCCGUUCUCCACACUGUCCAAGCCGUUCUCGCUCUUACCAUCGUCGUCGCUGCCAAAUGGAUUCUUCUUGGCAGACGCCAGGUCGGCAACUACGACUGGGACAAGAGCAGCUACUGCCAACGCUGGCAAUUGUUCCUCACCAUUGAGAAGCUCCGUCGCCACUGCUACGGUAACGCUGGUGUCGUCGGUCUCCUCACUGGUUCUCACUACGCCGUCAUGUACUUCCGCGCUCUUGGUGCUACCAUUGGCAAGGACUGCUCUCUUUUCUCAGGUGGUCUGCCUUCGCUGAUGUUCACCGAGCCCGAUCUUCUUACCCUUGGUGACCGCGUUGCUGUUGAUGAUGCAUCCCUGGUUUCGCACAUCAACUCUCGUGGUGUCUUCAAUCUCAAUCCCUUGGUCGUUGCCAAUAUGGGCCAGGACACCAUGUUGCUCGAGCACACUCUCGUCAUGGCUGGUGAUGUCGUUGACGACGGUGUCACUUACCAAGGGUGGCCUGCAGAAGGCUUCGAGGGCCAACGUGCACCUCUUCGCAAUGGCCCAGUCACUCUCGUGGCCGAGGCUUGA